ACUUAUACCUGAAAAGUCUUAUGUAGCUGUUGCGGGUGAAGAUGUUGUAUUGGAAUGUGAGCUUCUCCCACCGAUCUCUGCCAGAAACAUGGUGGUGCUGUGGCUGAAAUCAGGUCUCAACUCACCAGUCCAUGUGUACAGACAUGGACAAGAUGACCCAUUCACUCAACACCAGGACUACAGAGCAAGGACGGAACUGUUUAAAGAUGAAAUGACCAAAGGAAACAUUUCCCUCAGAAUAAAGAAUGUAAGAAAGUUUGAUGAAGGGCGAUACACAUGUUCAGUUGAAGACAGAACUGAUUCUAAACAUUCUACAGUUGAAUUGCAAGUUCUAGGUUUGGGGAGUGAACCCCGGAUUCAGAUGAAGGGAUAUCAUGGAGAUGGAAUCCAGCUUGUGUGUAAAUCCAGUGGAUGGUACCCUGAGCCAGAGAUCCUGUGGUUCGGUGAGGAUGAACGUGUUUUAGAACAAGCAGAAACAAGAUCCCACGAAGACUCAGGUCUUAUAAAUGUCGAGAGCAGCGUUGGAGUAACAAGGCAGUCUGCAAACGGGUUCAAGUGUCUUGUCCGGAACAGACAGUUGAGAAUACAAUAUGAGGCAAAUAUUAAGAUAUCAGGUUUGUAA